AUGCCAAACCGAUCGUCAACAGUACCUAACCUCGAUCUGAGCUCCUUCAAGAUUGACUCGAAGAAAGCGAAGGCCCCAUCGCCUCUGACGCCAGGUGACCACAGUUCAGACGGUCCGACCCCCUUAACACCACGUUCGCCCAAGUCUGCAUCGAGCUCUCCACUCUUCAAAGGCGCAACAAUUCGUCCAGUCGCGCAAGACUCCGACAGCAAAGCAACCAGCCCUACACUGCCACUUUCCCCCGGCGCAGGCCCGUCCGAGCCUACGACACCCGGUAUUACAGCCAUUCCUCAACAUUUCCCUUCUCCCAAAGACUCACGACAUGGGCGCGAUGCCUCGAAAUCAUUUUUCGGCAACCUGAAAGCACCGAAAUCAUCACACAAGUCACAGCGUUCAGAUAGCUCGGAAAACUCUACCGACCAUCCUAAGAGCAGAGGUAGCUCCAGAGAACGGAAGUCAUCAAUGACUCCGAAACCAUACGAGUCAACGCCUGAUCUUCCAGGGGCGCUUGCCCGUGCGAAUGGAACCGAGAAGACUAACGGACUCUCGGGCCACAAGAAUGCGCAGCAAACAGUCAAGAAGGUCGAUACAGAGCUGGAGUCCGCGCCGAAGAAAAACAAACAACGAUUUGCAAACCUUUUAACCCGAUCUCGCUCUAUUCGAGUGGACGACUCCUCCGGACCUAGACCACCACGCCGGCGCCCGUCUACUGGUCUGGCUAAACUCGAAGAGUUCAGUCAGGGUACAACAACGACCGCGGAUCCACCCCGUUGUGCGACUGCGCGACCCGAACGCGCUGUCAAGGGAGGCUUGCAGCCUCCUGAGCGCCAGGCCGACGCUGUAUCUUUGCGAAAAGAGCGAAGCCAUGGUAACAUGGUUCCAUCGGGCUCGCUAAGUCAAGUUUCCGGCGCCUCGGCUACCAUUUUCAGCAAUCUAAAAUCUUCGGGAAGUAGCACUGCAGAUCGUAUUGGCAAGGCCGGGAAAGGAUUCUUUGGCAAAAUCACUCGCAGCGGCAGCACCAACGAGAGGGAAAUGAUCACUGAUGACACUUACACGUGCUCGGUGAUCAACCUCCCGCUCAUUGAGCAGGCGAGAAAGACUCGCAUUGCGAAGAAGCUCGAAGACUGUCGAGACAAGACCGAGUUCUGGAUGCCUGCCUUGCCAUACCGCUCAAUUGAUUAUCUAAACUUCAAGGGUUGUGAGGAAGAGGGCCUUUACCGUGUUCCUGGUAGCGGCAGAGAGGUCAAGCACUGGCAACGACGAUUUGACACAGAACUCGACAUCGAUCUCUUCGAAGUCCCUGACCUUUACGACAUCAAUACUGUUGGAUCUCUCUUCAAAGCUUGGCUUCGUGAACUCCCGGAUGAGCUCUUCCCCAAGUCAACGCAAACUAUGAUCGCUAUGAAGUGCGAAGGUGCCACGACUGCACCACAGCUACUCAAAGACGAGCUCUCUAAAUUACCACCCUACCAUUACUACCUCCUCUUCGCGAUCACCUGCCACCUUAACCUCCUUCACUCAUACGUGGACCAGAAUAAAAUGGACUACCGCAACUUGUGCAUCUGCUUCCAGCCCUGCAUGAAGAUUGACGCAUUCUGCUUCCAAUUCUUGGUCUGUGACUGGAAGAACUGCUGGCAGGGGUGCUGGACCGAGAAGGAAUACCUGGAGAUUGAGAAAAAGAUGGACGAGCGCGACCUGCGGGUCUCAGUAGAGGAAGCUGCCAAGGCGAAGGAAUAUGCCUCUGCCAGCCAUGAACGCGCUAUCUCGUCUUCCAGCAGCAGUGCUGGGGAAGAACCUCGUCAGCGUACUCGUGAGCCCUCGCGUGAACCGCCUCGCCCGACGACCUCACCACACCCAACAACCGCUCGCACCCGAAAGGCUCCGCCGAAGAAUAUUGAGACUGCACACUCCCGCAGCAUCUCUCAGCUUCCCGAGCUUGGCCCGCCGCUUUCCCCAAUCAAAAUUUAA